UUUUGGAAAUUAGACAACAAUGGCAGUCUGACUGAAUAGCUAAAUAGGCUAUUAUAAGAGUGAACGACGAGUCAUUGCAUCUGCAGACGAGUAAACAAUAGGAAGGAAGGAACAGGGAAGGUCAAACAACAACCAAUUAAUGGCUACAUUUCACCGUAGUUUAGAGAUUAGACCCAUUAAGACUGUGAAAGAUGAUGAAAUAUACACAUCCUGUAUUAAUUAACGUUGGCAAUAAAUGUCUCCCAAAUAGAUGGAUACGUUCAAAAUGGUUCUGGCAGGAGGAUAGCAAUAAACAUCCAUCAGUGCAGAUUCGGGUUUUUGCUCUUCAGUUAAAAUCUCGGUGCGCGUAAGAGCGCGCAUGUAGGCUUUCUGCUGGAGAUGUUUUGCGAAACUUUAAGGAUGAUAUACCUUGGAUGUUUCCUGUUGCUCUGCGGGCUUACGCAUGCCAUGGCAAGUUAUCCCAUCUGGUGGUCACUAGCAGUGGGCCACCAGUACUCAUCACUGGGCACUCAACCCAUCCUCUGUGGCAGCAUCCCAGGUCUGGUGCCCAAACAGUUGCGUUUCUGCCGGAACUAUGUGGAAAUCAUGCCCAGCGUAGCGGAAGGGGUGAAGAUUGGCAUCCAGGAGUGCCAGCAUCAGUUCAGAGGCCGACGCUGGAAUUGCACCACGGUCAAUGACAAUCUGGCCAUUUUUGGGCCGGUGUUAGAUAAAGCCACUCGCGAGUCAGCAUUUGUCCAUGCUAUUGCCUCGGCGGGAGUGGCAUUUGCGGUGACCCGUGCCUGCGCCGAGGGUUCAGCAACCAUCUGUGGAUGUGACACACGCCAUAAGGGCCCCCCCGGUGAGGGAUGGAAGUGGGGUGGCUGCAGUGAGGAUGUGGAGUUUGGGAGCAUGGUGUCCCGGGAGUUUGCUGAUGCGAGGGAGAAUCGACCUGAUGCACGCUCAGCCAUGAACCGCCAUAAUAAUGAGGCAGGCAGAAUGUCCCUCAACGACAACAUGUUCCUGAAGUGUAAGUGCCAUGGGCUCUCGGGCAGCUGCGAGGUCAAGACGUGCUGGUGGUCUCAGCCUGACUUCCGAGUUAUCGGUGACUACAUGAAGGAUAAGUAUGACAGCGCAUCUGAGAUGGUGGUGGAGAAGCAUAAAGAAUCUCGCGGAUGGGUGGAGACCCUGAGACCCAAGUACAACUACUUCAAACCCCCCACCGAGCGCGACCUGGUUUAUUAUGAAAGCUCACCCAAUUUCUGUGACCCUAAUCCCGAGACCGGCUCAUUUGGCACCCGUGAUCGUAUCUGCAACCUGACGUCCCAUGGCAUAGAUGGAUGCGACCUCCUCUGCUGCGGCAGAGGUCACAACACCCGGACUGAAAGGAGAAAGGAGAAAUGCCACUGUAUUUUCCACUGGUGCUGCUACGUCAGCUGUCAGGAGUGUGUGAGAGUCUAUGACGUGCACACCUGCAAAUAACGACGCCAGGUUCUUGCCUUUCUCACCAAAAUUUAAAGACCAGUAGGCACAAGAACAAAUACAGGAACUACAACUACAAGACAUGAGACUGUGAACUUGUCUGACCUGUCCCACUGACUCCAGCGGCGGACACAACAGCCUUGUGUUUUGUGCUGUGAUGCUAAAAAGAGCCAGUCUCUGCCUUAAUCAACUGGAACAGUUGAGUAGAUGUUGACAUCAGAAAGCAUCACCCAUAUGAACCGUGACGGUGGUGAUGAGGACAACAAUGUUGAUGUCUAUAGUGAUGAUGAAAGAGUUUUCAUGUACUGACACCAGAAAGGAGAACUGUUGGCUAAUCGACAAACACCAUAUUGGUGAUUUUUUUCUGUCUUCCAAGUAGUUACUUUUGUUGAGAAUAGUACAGCACUGCCAAUGCUUUCAAGUCUAUGGGGCAAACAAUGAAAAUGUCACAUAUUCUUUCAUGUUUAAUAACUUAUUCCAUCACAAAUUUGUUUUGCCACAAUAAGUGACAACAUUUAUGAGAAAUUUACAGGAUCAGACACUCAACAGCAUGCAUUCUCCUCCUCAACAUUAUUAGUAUGUAUGUGUAUAUCUGAAAACUAACAUUAUCAUAGUGUGAAUGAGUAUUUGUUUAAUAGUGUUAAUAUGUUACUGAUGUUUGGGUAAGAAUGCACUUGCACCUGAGUGAAUGUAGUUAUUACGCUGUAAUGUGUUUACAUAUUCUCAAAAUUCUUAAGCUAACAAGUUAAUAUCUGCUUUAAACGACUAAUUUUAUCUGAGAGUAGACAUGAGCCACAUCCACCCAACAUCUGCCAAACAAGAAUAUACACAGUGUGCACAUUUCCUGAAACACCUGAAAACACUGGAAGCUUUUUGUUAAGAGUGACAACGCUUUGAACAACACAGAGAGUUAUAACCAAAGACACGAAAAAGAAAACCCAAUCCAAGUCUGCGGUGGUCAGAGAGCUGCCAAUGAAUCUUAAAGGUCAGCACUUGUGUCCCGUUGAGAAAUAUGAAGCAUGUUCUCCUUGUUUUUAUCAGUAUUAGCAAUGUGUCAUGUGACUGGGUGUGGGGAAAAACUGUUAUUUAUAAAAAGGGAUAUUCCCACUAUCUUUGUUUCUUUUAUACACAUAUAUUAUUCUUUUGUUUCGAUAUUUGACCAAGUAGAAGUAAAUUCUGUAUUCCCUGGGGAAAAAAACACAAAAGGCAAACAAACUGCAAACUAAGCUGUAUCAUAUAAGCUCUGUGUAAUGCAGAAUAAUUUGCAGCUGUAGUAAAAAAGAUGACCAAAACCUGUGCAUGUGAUGAUUCUCAGCUGUGGCUUCUUGUUCCCCAAAACUAAACAACAAGCAGCAUCACUGAAACUAUCAAUACUUCCCUUACUUUAAUGCUGCUAAGUAAAGAUAAUAUGUGUCUGUGUGUCUUUGUUUAAGUCCUUACAUUCUUUAUGUCUUUGUCUAUCUGUGUUAUAUGUAUAUUCUUUGCAUGUGUUGAUUCUUUCUGUGAAAGAAAUCUAUUAUAUAUAGUUUGGAGGAAAAAAAUGUGAAGUUUUGACUAAUUCUUGCAUACAGUAAUUUCCAUUUUAACCAAAUAGACCAAAAUAGAGUUUGAUAUGUUAUUUUAGUUUCCUUGUAGUCAUGCUAAACAUCAGGGCAAAAACAAUUCACGUUACUCUCCCUUAAUUCAAGAAGAUGAGACACAACCAGUAUUUAUUUAUUUGGAAAGUGAAAAACUACUGAAAACUGAGACAAGAUGUCGUAAAAAAACUAACAAAAUGUUUAAAAUCGCUGAUGAAUUAUUGUUUACAGCCAAUGUAAUGCUACGUCUCAGGCAUGUAUAGUUCAAAUAAAUCACCCACCCAUGAUUACUUUUCAUCAUGACUGAAAAUAUUAAUGAGCAGCCAUAACCAGUUUCACAUUUUAAGUCAUCUUUAAUAAAGUACACAGCAACCAUUAUCAGUACAAGAUCUGUUAUCUUGUAUUCAUUACCGUACACUUUAUCUGUGAUUGAUUGCUUGUGUGGACAAUUUGCUUAUGUUCUAAUUCUUUCUUUAAAUCCAAAGUUUUGUACAGACUAGUUUUUUGCGUUUUUAUGGAUUUCUAAAAUUUGAUGUUUUUUAUAAUUAUUUAUUUUACGCUAUGUACAUAUUAGUAAGUAAAAGUAUAUAUUUGCAGAAAUACGUUUGUUUGUUUUUUUUUAAACAGUGUUGUGACUUGUAACACUGUAGCCUUUUUACCUCAUCUCUGUUUUUUCACUGACUGCACACAGGUAUCGUUUGUCCUACUGCCUGUAGUAGAUUUCUUAAUGUUAACUCUGUAACACCAAAAU